CUCGUCAUAGGAAUAUUUAACAAAACGAUCGACGGCUCAAAGGCUUCUCCACCUGGUGGGAUUUAACAUGCGAUUAGUUUGUAUUCCUUGUGUACCCUAGCCUUGUGGAAGGCAGAGAAAUUUACCCUCUUUGAAAACUUCAUAUGCAGAGCAGCUCGAUAUCUACUGCUUUUUGGGCAAGAGUUUGCCGUAUACUUCCAAAUGUUGUUGGUUUCAGAAGCAUAAAUAAACUGAUAUCAAAAUUGAAAAAUGCGCCCGACUCCAUUCUUCACCACUCCAAACUCAACCCAACCAGUACCAAAUCCACCGUCGCAGCCUCAACGCUUAAAACAAAUAGAAAGGCUGCUUCGUCUCCUUCCCCAGAGUCGAAGUGUCCUCUAGGGGCUUCCUGAAAACGAGUCCAUGAAUGAUAACCAUGGCCUGUCGCCAUCCGUUGUUGAGACAAUAGCCGGUUUCACCGCCGGCAUUUCGUCAACCCUCGCCGUCCACCCGCUCGAUGUGAUCAAGACGAGGCUCCAAGUGGACCGCUUCUCUUCCUCGCGCAUCGGCAGCUCACUCCGCAUCGCCCGCGGUAUCGCCCGCCAUGAGGGUGGGAUAAUCGCCGGCUUCUACCGUGGCCUCACACCAAAUCUGGUCGGCAAUUCUGUGAGCUGGGGACUGUAUUUCCUUUGGUACAGCAAUAUCAAAGACACUCUACAUGUCUUGCAUGGGUCGAGGACGGAAGGAGGGCUGGGGUCGUUGGAUUACUUUGUCGCAUCUGGAGUUGCAGGUGUUCUAACAGCCUUCCUCACGAACCCCAUCUGGGUAAUCAAAACCCGCAUGCUCUCUACCGGCUCAAACGUCCCGGGCGCCUACCCCUCUCUUGUCGCAGGUGUGCGCGCCAUCUACCGCUCAGAAGGUAUCCCAGGUUUCUACCGUGGAAUGAUCCCAGCUCUAUUUGGAGUGGGCCACGGUGCGCUCCAGUUCAUGGCGUACGAGAAGCUCAAACAUUACCGAGCGGGCACGACUGUUACACAACUAGAACAUGCAACAUCCUCAUCUGCCGUCGGCGUGCCUGGAAACGGCAACUUAAACGGGAGCGCAAGAUCCAAGGACCUGAAACUAAGCAACAUGGACUACCUCGUCCUCUCCGGCACUUCCAAGAUAUUCGCCGGCUGCGUGACGUAUCCAUACCAGGUGCUUAAAGCGCGGCUGCAGACGUAUGAUGCGGCUGGGACGUAUCGAGGCGUGGUGGAUGCAAUGGGGCAGAUAUGGCGCAAGGAAGGUGUGGCAGGGUUUUAUAAAGGGUUGGGACCGAAUAUGGUGCGCGUCUUGCCGAGUACUUGGGUGACAUUUUUGGUUUAUGAGAAUGUUAGGAUUUAUUUAUCCAUGGGGCCGAUAGACGGUUAGAGAGGGGUUCGUCGAUGGAAGGGGGACUAUUGGGGCUUUGCUUUUCUCUGUUUUAUGUAACUAUACCUACGGGUUUGAUUUUAUUUUGUAUAUAUCCAGGAGGUUUUCUGCAGUGCUAAGGGCGCUUGUUUUGAGGCGGUUUCGCUGCCUUUCAGGAUAUUCGUGUGUAGAAAUAUAAUUCAACGACACCAGUCGUACGGCUUUAAGGUCCUUCAGGCUUCCUCCCUCGCAUCCAAGCACUAGAUACGUACAUCAAAAUAAAG